GUUUACUUAGCAAUUCAUCAAAAUGGGUCACCGAUCUAACUAGUUUGUUGUCCUACACCCGACUGCUGAUAGAUGCUGUCAGUUUAUAAGACUGGAAGAGAAAGAUAGGGGUUUCCGUCGCUGUCGCUAAACAUGGCAUACAUAACGUCGUUGAGUUUGUGGUAAAGAUUAUAUCAACUGUAUAUCCCGUGUAACUAAAGAAAAGACACCAACCUUCAGUGGUACAAAUGCAGAACCGAUCCACUCCCAAUCAUGACAAUUUCCGGUCACGUGAGCAUCCAGUCGAGAAUGACGACUGUUGUUCCGUCUGCUGUUGCUGCUGCUGUUCAAUAUGGUUGUAUCUAUUUUGUUGUCGGAGCAUGAAGAGGACGUUACGAGUAAAGUUGCUAUGGGGCUACAUGAUGAUCCUCGGUCUAACAGCAGGAGUAGUGACAGGGUUGGUAAUAUUUGGCAGUGUUGACACGGAAAUGGCUAUUUCUGACAUGCGUGUUAUAGAUCAGAAAUUGUCACAUAUAUUUUGCGAUAGUGUGGACAUCGAAUCAGAUGAUUUUGAAUCCUUAUUUGAUGCUUAUUUCAUGCAAGAUACACCCAAAAUUGAUCCCGAUAAACGAGAGAUAUAUAAUGAGACCUACAGCCAGUUUGUUGAGCAGAACUCUAACGUCUAUAAACAGUUUUACCUAUUGGCCGGAUCGACGGUGAAACUUACUGGAGAGGUCGACUCGUUUAUAGAUCUAAACUUGAUCAGUGGACAGGAUAACUUCAACAAAUACAUUGAUAAUGGUAUGGAUUGUGUGGAGUGUGUUCUAGACGACAGCGGUCUGUUCGACCGCGGUCAAAACCACAUCAAAUUUGACAUCCAGGAAACGGGUCUUUACUUUUUUGUAUUUGUAAGUAGACUAGCCGAUACGUGGAUGGAACUUAGAUUUAGCCUCCGUCGAACAGUGUACGACACAAGUGAAAGCCUAGUCCACUGUGACUAUUCUACCUCCUGUGUGUUUGACUAUGAUAUGACACAGACUGGAACCCCGGUUGUUAUAAUUCAUGCUAAAAAUAGUGACAAAGAACAUUACGAUGAAAGAACCUUCACUAUAACAACUUCGUGUGUGGCGCGAAGUUGGCUAUAUGUUCUUAUUUUCCUUGGAAUACCUUCACUUCUGUCUAUUGUUAUAAGUGUUAUAAUUAUCCGACGUUGUUCAGAUCCACAACCGGAAGUUACGUACGUCCGCCAACGUCCACACGAGAGAACCCCGUUACUAUGGGAUACCGUCAGGGCUCCCGCGGUGGUAGUUCUUCCGCCAAAAUACGAGGACAUUGUUCGGACGGACAAUGAUCUGCCAUCUUACGAAGAGGCGACUGCUAGCAUGAGCAGUGUGGUCAUCCAGUCUAGUAAUCAAACUAAUACAUCAUAACUUUGGUAUAACAACGCCGACAUUCUGUGAUAUUUAGUCAACACAAUGUGAUAAAAUGGGAUACUUUAAGUGGUGACGGUAACUCGAGAUUCUCAACAGUGACACAAGGUUUACCCUUAAAAACCGACGAAAACAGGGGAAGGGUGGGCAUCAUAUGUAAUUUAGAAGGGGAGGAGUAGGGCAUGAUACAAAAUACGGUUUGGGAGGAUGGAGAGGAGGGAUUGGUUUAAUAUAAUAUUAACCAUACUGUUUGAGAAACGGAAGGGCAGGAAUUGGAAUAAUACGUCAUUACGUUUGAGAGGCGGGAGGGGAGCAUAUUGUAGUAUGCAUCAUUCGUUUUUGGAGUUUAGAAGGGAGGGUAGGGAUAGUAUGCAUCGGUCUGUUUGAGGGGCGUGUACGGAGGGGUUGUGAUAUACCACGUAAUUAUAUUGUGAGGCGGGCGGGUGGGAUACAUAUCAUUUGGGUUGAGAGGCGGGAGCGAUGGGGUAUUUCUACGACAUGAUUGUGUUAUAACCAGGUUCUUGCAUAUGAUACCAACGACUACCUCGAUAUUUACAAUACAUUUGUAUCUGUACUGUGUGCUGGUGCUGUAAAUCUGAUAUGAGUGAAUGUGCUUUCUCGCAUACCAUUGGUGAAGAUGGUGUUAUGAGCCACACUCAAACCUUACUAAUGUAUUCUCUAUACGUGUACAUCAUUAGCAUACGUUAAUCUGGGUUGCAAUUAAAAAAAUAAAAAAUCUUUAACUACUGUUUAGCAUGCUGUCCUGUUCAAGCUUUCCAUUGCCAAAGUGUCCUGCAGUGAAUUGGCGAUAUUCCUGUGCACAUUUUUCCCACAAUGCUUCCCGAGACAAAAAGAUUUUACAUGCGUGUAUGGGCAUCAGCUGUGUGUUAUAAACUGAACGAGCUGUCACUCUUAUUAAAACUUGUUAAAUAGAACAUGAUGUCAAACAACUGUACUCGCCUUACUAGCUCUCUCAAAUAAAACUAUAAUUUCGCAAUUAA